ACCAUAUUUAAUAUAACCUAGCCAAAGAGUAGGUGUACCUCCUCUUUGACCUAGCGUUUCUUACAAGUUUGUAUUGUACAUAUGUUGUAGAUUUCAAAAUAUACAUCACACGUUUUGGCUGUGUAUCUUCUAACGGUAUAACCAAGUAUACGUAUACACAUACAUAAUUAUAAAUAAUUUAUUUUCUUAAAACCACUGUUUUCUACAUAUUUUAAAACCGCGUUUUAUAUAAUUAUGGAUGAUGAAAAGUAUUAUCAUAAGAAAUUAGAUGGUUCUUAUGUUGUACAUUUUCCUAAUAGUAAAGGACUAAGUAAGAGUGAAAUCCAAGAAAUAUUUUGUGGUUUUGGGAAUGUUUUGUCUGUAGAUGAUCGUGGACAGUCCCAUGGAUUAUGUUUUGUAAGAUAUGAAAACUGUGAAGAUGUUAUACGUUGUAUUAGAGGUUUUAAAGAUCAUCGCUAUAUUAAGAUCUUACCACAUAAAAGUAAAAUAAAAACAAUGAAUACAAAGCUAAGAUCACAAAACCAAAAUAAUAAUAUUUUGAAACAAGAUAGUUCAAAGGAUCAGUCACAAAAUAAACAAUCAAAAAAUGAUCAAUGGAAUUAUCAAGCUGAUUCUAAUAUAUCAAAAUCAUUAUCAGCAAAGAGUACAAAUAAUUCUAAUGGUAAUGGGAUGGACAAUGAAGAUUUUUCUGACACUAGUUUCAGCAGUUCAAUACAGACAAUUAACAGUGAAGGUGGUUCCUGUAAAAGAACAUUAUCUUUAAAACAGCUUAGGUUGAAAAACUUACAAAGAGCUGCAUUGAAUAAUUCAUUGCCUUCAGAUGCUUAUACUAACAGUUCAAAGAAAUCUAAACAAAUAUCUGAUAUGGAUGAAAUCCCAGCUUUAGUUUGUACUAAUAAAAAUUAUGGAACCAAUAACACAAAAUUCUCUAAAUUGUCUUCAGUGGUUGUUCAAGCUCAAGAAGUAAUUGUAGCCAACAUUCAUCCCAGUUUAAGCAUUCAUUAUCUGUUACAUCUUUUUGAAAAAUACAACCCAAUAGCUGUAUCUCUCAUGAUGACAAUACCAAAAUCAGGAAUAAGAUAUUGCCAUGUUUAUUACAAAACAUUAGAAGAUGCAUUUGCAACUGUAGAAGAAUUUGAUAAGAGUCUAUUACGUGGAAAAAAUCUUAUAGUUUCAACAUCACAGAAGUUAAUGGAAGAAGCCUGGCAAUCAUAAAUAAUUAUUUCACAUCCUACAUCACAUUUAAUAUAAGUAGCAUAUUUUCA